AUGUAUAAAAAUAAGAGGAUAUAUGCGCAUGAAAAUGCGUUUAUAUGUUUAAGUUUUGAGUGUAUUGCAGAAACAUUGACUUCGGCGGGAUAUGGUUUUUUAUGGAUAGAAAUGACACUCAAGAGAUAUAUUGAAGGGCUUCUAUGUAUUGAAGAUUUUUUAGAUGAAUUAGAUGAUAUAUAUGUGCAGUAUAUGCGUAUUGUAUGCGCGUUGUAUGCUUUUGAAUAA